CUUACUCAACUUUCAUUUUAUGUAUACAGUAUUAAGAAUUUAUAUGAAUUGAAUACAGUUCAUUAUCAAACAUUUUAUCAAAUCCAUUUCAUCCACUUUCUUCAUUCUUUAUUCCUUAUUUUCUUAAUCUUGUUCUUCCGUUGCAUAGUUAUCUCUCUAUCUAUCGCUCUCUCUCUCUCUCUCUAUUAUAAUGACAAUAAACGCCGGUUGAUGGCGUUACGAAAAGUGCCUCUCUCUCAUUCUCUCUUUCAGUUGCUGGCUUUCCAGAUCAUUGCUAACUUUUUUCGGUUAGUCUCCAGUUAUCUUUAAGAUUACUGUCUAGACACUUUCUUUUAUCUCUUUCUUCUAUCUAUCUAUUUAUCUAUCUGCAAAUACUGUGUAUCCUAUCUCUAUAUCUUUCAUUCCUUUUCUCUCUUCGUCUUUUCAAAAUUGAAUAGUGUAUUUGAAAAGUCUUUUCUAAUUUAUCAAUUUCUGGAUUAUGUCAGAAUGAAGAUUCUCUAAAGAAUGAACUUGAUAUUUCUUCUUUAACGGAUAAAGAAAAGUUAUAAUGGCAAACUAUACAAAUGACACUGCAACAGAUAGUGGAUACAGACUGCAACAUUUAUUGGGUAUAUACUUAACGCCAGCAAUAUUCAUCACUUCCCUUAUAUCAAAUGUGGCACUAAUAGUAACAAUACGGAAUGCAGAGCUUUGUAAUAAAUCAACAGUGGUGUAUAUAAUUUCUCAAGCAGUUGCCGACGGAGUAUACUCUUGUCUUUCUUUGUUGACCUGGGCUGAAUUGUUCGGUAUAAGAUCCAAGUCAACUGAAUAUGGUUGCCUUCCUAUAACUUACGCAAUGAAUAUCUGUGGUUUCUUAACGGUUUGGUACGCUUCACUUAUGUGUUUUGACUAUAUCCUGUACUUUCGUAAUUGGAAAAUUGCAAUUAAACUUAGAACUAGAACAGCGGCUAGAUUAAUUGUCAUUUUGGUUGCUCUAUUCGCUGCGGCCAUUUACAUAAACACAACUUUAUUAAAUAAUGUUGAUACUGGAAAUACAAGUCAAUCAUUCUGCAGACCGAAUAACGAAGAAAUUUAUUGGGUAUUAGACUUUUUCGAUAUGAUAUUUAACGGUUUAAUAGCUACAAUGACUUUAAUUACUCUAUGUAUUUGCAUAAUUAAGGAAGUACGCAACUUUCAUAAGAGCAAGCCGGAGACAAAUGGUGAAGUUGGUAAAUUUAGUUCUCAAUUGACUCAUUGCGUUGUAGCUAUUGCUUCCGCACACGUUUUUACUAGCUUGCCAGUAAUAUUUCUGAGAAUUUUAGCUAGUGGUAUAAUACCACAGAAUUGGACUUUUAAUAAUAACUAUCCGUUUAUCAUUCUUCAUGUUCUAUAUCAAAUUCGUUUUACACUUAAUUAUUUCAUAAUGUUUACGCUAUCGCCAGAAUUUAGGAGGACUUUUUUCAACUCUAUACGAUCUAUGAAAAGUAGGCGAAGACCUCAAAUUCGAAUUCCAAAUCAAGCUGCUGAGAGUGAAAUGAUAGAGUUAAAAGGAUAAAAUAAACGUUUUUCUUUAAAGUUUGUUCAUUAGAUCAUUGGGAAAGUUAUCUCUUUAGACUUUAUAUAUUCGUUUUUCUUCACUGCUGUCCUCAAUUACAUAUAUACUGGAUAUGUACUGUAUAUAUGCGUAAUAUGCUUAGAUUUUAUUCUCUCUUUCAUAAUUUUCAUUAUUAAUCUCGUUAUUAUGUUUUUUACUUUUUUCUCUAUGGCUCUUUCUAUUUUCUUCUCUCUCUUUCUCUUUCCCUUUUUCUUUCUAGACUGC